UGUGGCCGGAGCUCCCUGAGGGCGGUGGCGGCGAGAGGGGCGCGGGAGGAUCCGGCAGUCGGGAAAGGAUUCUGGUGGACAGUGCCUCACCCAAGCCAUGGCCACACGCCUCAGAUCGGCUGGCAGGAGCUGCACCGUGAUCGGGGGCUCGGGGUUCCUGGGGCAGCACAUGGUGGAGCAGCUGCUGGCCAAGGGCUACAGCGUCAACGUCUUUGACAUCCAGCAGAGCUUUGAGAGUGAGCAGGUGACCUUCUUCCUGGGAGACCUGUGUGACAAGGAGGCUCUGCUGCCCGCCCUGCAAGGUGUGUCUGUGGUGUUCCACUGUGCCUCACCAGCCCCUUCCAGUGACAACAGGGAGCUGUUCUAUAAGGUGAAUUUUAUGGGAACCAAGGCAGUCAUUGAAGCCUGCAGACAAGCUGGAGUGCAGAAAUUGGUGUUAACCAGCAGUGCCAGUGUUGUUUUUGAGGGCACAGACAUAAAAAAUGGCUCAGAAGAUCUCCCCUAUGCACAAAAACCUAUUGAUUACUACACAGAGACCAAGAUCCUGCAAGAGAAGGAGGUGCUCAGUGCAAACGACCCAGACAACAAUUUCUUCACCACUGCAAUCCGUCCCCAUGGAAUAUUUGGUCCCAGGGACCCUCAGCUGGUUCCCAUCCUCAUCCAGGCAGCUCGGAGUGGCAAAAUGAAGUUCAUCAUUGGGGAUGGAAAGAACUUGGUGGAUUUCACCUACGUGGAGAACGUGGUGCAUGGGCACAUCCUGGCUGCAGAAAAGCUGCACAAAGGCUCUCCCCUGUGUGGGAAGGCCUUUCAUAUCACCAAUGAUGAACCAAUUCCCUUCUGGACGUUCAUGUCCCAAAUCCUGACUGGCCUGGACUACGACCCUCCCAAGUACCACCUUCCCUACUGGCUGGCCUAUUACCUGGCCCUGCUGCUGUCCUUGCUGCUGGCCCUGCUCAGGCCCCUGGUGACCAUCAAGGCCACCUUCACGCCUAUGAGGGUGGCCCUGGCUGGGACCUUCCACUACUACAGCUGUGAGAGAGCAAAGAGGGUCAUGGGCUACAGCCCCGUGGUCAGCCUGGACGAGGCCAUUGCCAGGACUGUGCAGAGCUACCCCGGCCUGCGCCGGGCCAGGGCCUGACAGCCCUGCCUGGAGCCUCUCCCACCUGACUGCCAUAAUUUCUGACACCUUAACAUGGAGCAAACGUCACCAGUUCCCAGGAAAGAGGAGUUUUCCUGAGAUCUCUGUUCCUCCUCCUCCUCGCCAUUCCGUGUGGGAGCUGUGCUGACAGUUUGUUUCUUGGAUAUGACUUCUUGUUUGGAAACAGCUGCUGAACUCUGGGCUGUGAAUAAACACCCUGCUGUGCCCUCUUCAAUCCCAAGCAGGCACACCAGCAUUCCUGCUCCGCUCCCUCCACCCUUGUCCCGUGUUUUGUUGCUCUGGUGACAGCAGCCACCACUUCCCAGAGCUGCAGGCUGGGUCACAAACAUUUCCUAUGGCUGGUUCCCCUCUGGGCUUUGGCUUUGCACUCCACAAGAGAGCCCCAUGCCAAAAAGGACUUCUGCCACCAUCUUUUAAAUCGUUACAACUCUUUUGGUUUUCCCUCUGUGAUCAGGGAGUGGUUUGGCUUCUCCCUGAGGCAGCAGAAGGAACCCAUAAGGAGUGUGUUCCUUUGUCCAUGCAGAAUUUAUUACUGUUCCAAAAGAACCCAGAUCACACAGAGAUGACUUUGCUUUGUGUCCCAUCUCUGAGAGGGCAGAUCCCACUCUCAGCACAAACAGGAUGUUAGUGAUUCCCUUUUAGGGGCAGAGAUCUUUGGGAGCUACCUGACAGCAGCCCAGCACUGUUUUACCACAACUCCCUUCCCACCAGAUCUCCAGUGCUUGGAAGAUCCUGCAGCACCAAGUUCCUCCCUGCCCUGUCAGUGCUGGUCACGGGGACUUUUGGUGCUUCAACCACUUAGUCCAUGAAAAAACCUCUUUUCCACAAGGAAAUGGAUAGAAAGCAACAGUCCCCAAGCUAUUUCCACUGACUUGUAUAUUAAAUGUUCUUUGCCCUCUAGUCUUUCUAAGCACUUCAGUUCUGGUUUGGUUUUAAAUGAGGUGUUUAGGUUAGAGCUGGAAUUUUGCCCUGUGCAAAUUCCUGGAUCCCUGGGAGUUCUGGUGUUUCAAAUUUCAGAAGGUUGGGAAGUGUCUCAGUCACAGAAUUAUGGAAUCCCAGGAUGGUUUGGGUUGGAAGGGAUCUUAAAGCUCAUCCCGUUCCACCCCUGGGGACACCUUCCACUAUCCCAGGUUGCUCCAAUCCCCUUCCAGCCUGGCCCUGGAUACUGCCAGGGAUCCAGGGGCAGCCACAUCCUCAGGCACAAUGAGCCUUAACCUCAAUGUGCUGCUAUAGUCCGAUUAAAUGUCUGAUUAAAUGGGUUUUAUUUUAA